AUGGCCAAGACAAGAGGAGCCCACGUCAUGUCUCCAUCAACUCGCAAUCCAAGGCUAAGAGCUUCACUUGCGCGAGAUUCCACAUCCGAGGCUCCACAUGCCUCUACCAUUCCACCUUCUGAGGGUGGAGUGCCAUCUAGCCCUCCUCAACGCAGGCUGCUCUGUCAGAUAUUAGAGCAUUUGGGCUAUCCUUCUGAGCCUCAGCUUGAGCAUUGCCAUAUUUUUCGAGAGCUAUUCACUCUCGACAAAUGGAAUCAUUUGACGACCUAUGUUGCACCUCGAAGAGCCCCAGAUAUGCCAAUACCUCUAGAGUUACCACAGGAUGAGCAGCCACCACAGGCACAACAUGCUAAGAUACCUAUAGAGAUCAUACCACCCGCCCCUGCAGCACCUCUUAUAGUGCCCACGCCUGAGGCUACAUCUUCUACUCUUCCUACCACUUCUAAAGCUCCACUAAUUGUACCAGCUACAUCAUCACCUUCUCCAUCUGAUUCCUCUAUCACCAUAUCAAGUUCAGAGUUUAAAGUCAUACGUGCACGUCAGGAUCAGCUUAUUGCCAUGCAAACCCAGCAUACUACCAUCCUUAGACAGAUACAGCAACAUUUGGGUAUUUUGCCACCACCUGAGUAUGAUAUGCCUGGCCCAUCAAAGCCUACAGCUCCAUCUGAGGUGGCUACUCCAGCAGAGCAGACUAUACCUCAUGAGGAGACUACUACAGUAAAGGUCGAGACUCCGAUCCAGAGCACUCAGGAGACCACAGCAGAGCCAUCGUCUCCACAUGAUCCCCCCACCACUACCUGA